AUGUCGCACCUCUUUUCGCAGCCCAGCAACCCGUACCUCGUCAAGGGCGUCGUCGACCUCUCGCAGAAGUCGUUCUGGAUUGCCACCGCCUCGAUCUGCUUCAACCCGCUCUACUGGAACAUUGUCGCCCAGAACGAGUACCACAACAAGACCAUCACCAAGAUUCUCGGAGGCCGCCGAUACCUCGGCUGCUACCUGCUCGCCGUCAGCAUCUUUUCGCUCGGCAUCAUCCGCGACCACCUCUACAAUGUCGCCCUCAAGGACCAGCCCACCCACCCGCUGCUGCUCCACCCCGCCGUCAAGCCCCUCGCCGCCGGCCUCUUCCUCUCGGGCAACGUCUUUGUCCUCAGCUCCAUGUGGGCCCUCGGCGUGACGGGCACCUACCUCGGAGACUACUUUGGCAUCCUCAUGGACCACAUGGUCACCGGCUUCCCCUUCAACACCAUGAGCAACCCCAUGUACUGGGGCUCCUCGAUGAGCUUUGUCGCCGUCGCCCUCUGGUUCGGCAAGCCCGCCGGCCUCAUCCUCAGCGUCCUCGUCGUCGUCGUCUACUCGAUCGCGCUGCGCUACGAGGAGCCGUUCACCAACAACAUUUACGCGCUGGCUGCCAAGCAGAAGAAGGCGGCCAAGGAGCGCGACGAGGCGCAGAGCGUCGACGGCCCCGCCGCCGGCACCCGCUCCCACUCGGCCACGCCGCGCAAGAGCCGCUGA